AUGGCAAAGAGUUCAGCUAUAGCAUCCCUCCAAGUUCUCAGCGUGCUUUUACUAGCAAGCUUGGGACAGUCAAAGACAGUGUUCACAAAUUUGACGGUGUACUCCCAUGAACACCAAAGUGGAGACGCUCAAAGUGUUUUCCCAGUUGCAGGUCUCCCCAACACAACCUGGGGGCUUCACGACUUUGGAACUGUUUUCAUCGCGGAUAAUACCUUGACAGAAGACAUUUCAGAGAGUUCCGAUCAUCUUGGCUAUAUACAAGGCAUCGCAGCAAUGACAUCCCGUGAUAACAGCACCAUACAUGUUCUGUUAACUGUUCUGUUCACUAGCGGACGGUACAAUGGUAGCACUCUGGAAUUACAAGGACUUAACAUCUAUCCUUUCGACGUGAACGAAGAAUAUGCAAUUGUUGGAGGAACUAGACAAUUUAGGUAUGCGACGGGGUAUGUUGCCCUUAACGUGCAAUCAGCAAAAAGGAAGCAUCGAGGUCCGAAGCUUGCAGUUUAUAUUGCAGUAUCAGCAAUAUGCAGUAUCAGCAGUAUGACGAUGAGGAGGACUGGGUGUUGUUUGGCUGCGGCUGAGAAUCCAGUCGGUGGCCUUGACGAUGUCGCCGCCGGCGGCCUUUAG